GGCCCUUGCGCAGCAGCCUCCGCAGCGCCGUCUCCAGCCUCGCCAGAGAGGCCGAAGGGAAGCGGUCGCCGCCGAGGGACGCGCAAAGCGUGCAGGAGCCGCGAGGACUAGCAAGAGCUUUGCCCGGGCAUGGCCAAAGGCGUCGCGGCCGGCGGAGCUUCUCCGCCCGGGCUCCGGCUGCUGCUGCUGUGGAGCGGCGCCCUGUGCCUGGCCGGCUGCCGGAGCCCAGCGAGCGCGCAGCCGGCCGUCCCCUGCCAGGCCCCGGUGCAGUGGGAGGGGCGCACGGUGCGCUACGACCACAGCACGGGCAAAAACACCCGGGCGGCGGUGUCGUACGACGGCCCCAACCAGCGCCUGCGGGUCCUGGAGGAGAAAAAGGGCCUCAUCCCCUGCAAGAAAUUUUUUGAAUAUAUAUACCUGUAUAAAGAUGCAGUGAUGUUUCAAAUAGAACAAGUUACAAAGCUGUGCUCCAAGACUGCUUUGACUGAGCCUUGGGAUCCGUAUGAUAUUCCUGACAAUUCAACCUAUGAAGAUCAGUAUUAUAUUGGAGGACCUUCAGACCAGAUUAUGGUUCAGGAAUGGUCUGACAGAAAACCAGCUAGAAAAUUUGAAACCUGGGUUGGAGUUUAUACAAUGAAAGACUGUUACCCAGUUCAGGAAACCUAUACCAAGAACUACAGCACGACAACCUCCACCCGCUUCUUUGAUCUAAAGCUUGGGAUAAGUGACCCGUCCGUAUUCACUCCUCCCAGCACCUGCCAAGCAGCCCUGCCAAAAUCAAUGAGUGAUGAAUGUUGAUGGUAGACUUUGGCUUUUAUAUGCAAACAAAAGAUGGUCAUUAAUAAUCCACCGCUGGCAUCUGGUGUGAACGUUGCACUUUGCAGAAUGGCAGAGUUGGGGAAUGGGGCUAGAAAAUUAGGAAAUCUGUCUCUCCCUCAGUGUCUCGUUCUAACAUUGCACUCAUAGGCUGUGGUCAUUAGUGUUUAUGGAUAUUUAUUUAAGCUGUUAAGGAUAUUUUAAAAAUCUUUGUGGUUUUUUUUAUUUUCCAAGAAGUAUACUAAGCUUUAAAAGCGCAUUAAAAAUAGGAUUGACUUUUGUUAAUCCUGGAGGAAUGGCUAGAGUGUUACAUUUGCAGGAAUGAAGUUACUGCCAUAACAUGGCAUUGUUAGCCAGGAAUGUCAUAGUGAUUAAAUGCAUUUUCUAGUAUUGCCUUCCUUAGUCUCCUGGAAGGUAUUAUACUGAAUUGUAUAAUUGUAACACACACAGAGUCUGGGAUAACAACAUUAGCUAACAUGUGAUAUCAAGAAUAAGAAAUUAUUAUAUCUAUGUGUUCUUGUACUUAUAUUACUACUUCCCUGGAAGGUACCACGGGGUCAGAGUAGGUAUCCUUUCAUUUCAUGCACUGCUUGUGUGUGCUUUUUCAAGAUAGCGUUCCUCAGAUUUUUGCAAGAGAUUCUAGUUGCUUUACUUAUAUUAGCAGUCUUUUUAAAAAAAAGACUAGCAGCUCAACUUUAAGAUCCCAAUGCCAGCAUAACUUCAAAAUAUUCUGGUGUAGGGCCAAGUUGCUAUCCUAAAAUCUUUCAAGACAUGGCUUAGGAUUGGGCUGUUACAGAGGACUUGUCAGAAAGGUACAUUCUACAGCAUCCAGUACAAUGUCUGUUAAGGAAGAAGGUGCAUUAAAUCAUUUGGGAUACACAGUUGUUACUGAGUCAGUUUCAGAGAACAGAAAGCACAGAUGAGGCAAGGUUAUUGUCGUGGUUAGCCUAAACAUGGAUAACCAUUGGGGCAUCAUUGAGGGGGUAAAGCUAUUUCAGUGAUGGGUGGGACAAGUUUCACAACAAAGUUCAAAAACCUGCCUUUGAAUAUAUUCAAGACUAUAUUGCAGAGAUUAAAUUGCAAAAUUAAAUUUUUUCUAAUUUACUUCAUAAUAACCAGAAUUUUGGGUUCAGGAAUAAUCACAUUUGAUCUUAAAUGUGGUGGAAAGGUAUGCCCUUCAUGUGGUUCUAAGGAUGCCUUUCAUGGAAAUAUGGAGCAGCAGGAGAAAUCAAGAAAUUUAGAGAUAAUGGAGGCUAAGGCAAUGGAAUACAGGAUAUAGACGGCUGGAUCCUCAAAACAAAGCAAGAGCCAAGGGUGUGGAAGAAGGUAAGCAGACUGUCAAGCUUCUCUGUUGUCUAGGCAGCUUUAGUUAUCCUUGUGGCUGCCAUGAGGAUGCUGCCACCAUUUUAAAGUUAUUUUAAAAUGUUGCAAGGCAACAUGAUGUUCUUGGCACCACCCUCUCCCCCUCGCACAUCUUUUCAGGUCCUGAAACAGCCAGGGGGAAACAAGCCCCCUGUGGCUGUUAUAGCACUUGAAAAGAUGCAAGGGGGAACAAGAGUGCUGCCCUCUUGGCCCGAUCACAGCAUUACUAACUGACCUUAAAAUGGCAGCAGUGUUGUGGUGACCAAGAGGAUGCAGUCAUAUCUACUUUGGCCCUUAGGCCUAGCAAAUCCUGAUCUUACAGUGAGAGCACAGCAGUUGGGGCAUCCAUACCACCUCAGCUCUGGACUAUUGUUGCUUCUGUAUCGAUCUGGGCCUAGUUCAAGACUCAUCAACUUCCAAUAGCUCUAUUUUUGUUGUUGUUACUAUUAUUAUUAUUAGAAUACCAAAGUUGUUGACACUUUCUGAUAAAGCUGUGAGAUAUCUGGCUGCUGGAUUGGGCGUCAACAUCAAGAAAAUGGCAGGAAGAGGGGAGGUGCAGGAUUUAGAGCUGUCUGAGAUAUCUUCUGAUGUUGGAUGAUAGGAUGAUGCUAUAUGCAGAGGCAGUCUUGUAGAGCUGGCCAUGGAGGAGUGGCGGCUCCAACUGAAAGCUCUUCAGACUGUGCCUGCCUCCUAACUCUGAGGGGAAAAAGUGAAGCAACCUCUGCUUCCCUUUUUGAUGAGGCCAUGAGAUAGGUGAGAGAACAGGGAGGGGGUCACAAAUUUCCCCUCCAGGCCUUUUCAUAUUUCUUCUUUAGAAGAUUAACAAAAUUGGUGUGUUAAUCAAUAGAAAUAAUGAACUGACAACCAAUUCUCCCUGAGCCAACUGCUCUAACUUACCACUUCCAUUCAAGUGAAAGUAAAGUAUCGUAGCAUCUAUAGAGUUCUUGACUGAGGCCUACAUUUAAAAGUAAAUUCCACAGAAGUCAAAGGGAUUGGUUAGCUUUACUGGCCCCCCAAAAGGACACAUUUUUAAAGGAAGGUCAGUAAGGUCAGGCUAAGAAUCGCACAUCAAAAAAUACUGAGGUAGGUCUUCAGUGUUUUUCAUUAAAAAGGGUUAAGGAUAUUAUCAGUGCCUUUAAAUAUAACAAAUUAUUAUUAUAUUUAUAUAGUGCCAUCAACAUCCACAACACUUCAUAGAGUGACAAAGAAGAUCACUGUCUAAAGUAGAGGUGGGCACGAUCCAAAAAAAAUUACUGAUCAAGCUGAUCGGGGAUCGGUGUCGGCAACGACCCCAAAUCACCAAUCCACACCAGUCAUCUCCCGUUUCCGAUCCGUGGAUCGGGGAUCGGGAAGGCCAAAGUGGAGGGGCGCCCCGCUGUUCCCAGCUAUGUGGGAAUGUGGGUAGUGGCAGCGACCACCGGGUCCGGCGGGCACGGAGAGGUGGCGACGAGCCGCCUCCCCUCAGGGAGGGGACGUUCACACACACACACACUUAGAGCAGAGGGGGGGGGAGUUUUUAACCCGGCGACGAGCCGCCUCCCCUCAAGGAGGGGACAUUCACACACACACACACACACACACAGAACAGAGGGGGGGAGUUUUUAACCCGUCUCUGCCUCUCCAAAUAGAGAGAGAGACACCCCGUCAACAUGUUUCAGCCAGCUUUUAAAAAAAAGCAGGGACAGAAUCCUCCAUUCCUCCCCAUCCAAUUUUAAAAGCAAGCAGCCAGUCUUCGAAAAGCAUAUUUUAAUUUAAUUUAAUUUAAUUUAUUAUAUUUAUAUUCUGCCCUCCCCGCUUUCACAGGCUCAGGGUGGAUAACACACACACACACACACACACACACACACACACACACACACACACACACACACACACACACACACACACAGAGCCGUGAAUGAGGUUUUCCCACAAAAUACAGUGUUUUAAAAGCAGGUUAAAAACAGAGAGUGACAGACAGAAAAACAGCCAUUCCUCCUACAAAGCCCCGUUUUUAAAAAAAGCAAAAAACGUUUGGAGUGCCCAUGGCUACAGAACACCCCCCUCCCCCUCCCUCCCCUGGCUGUCUUCCAACUGGUGAGUGUGUUGCUGCUCUGUGGUUGGAAAGAAGUCCUGCUGAUCAAGGCAAGCUGGGCUUCCAUUUGGGUUUCCAGGGUGACAGAAGGAGGGCAAACUCAGCUCAGGCAUUCCCCUGGCUCCGUUGCCAGGGGAAUAGAUUACUGGUGCCGGAGUGACUGGAUCUCCGAUCAGAUACCGAUCGCCCCGAUCAAGCCCUGAUGAAGCCCCCCCCCCCAACACUGGAUUGGUCGCCAUAGACGGCACCUAUCCACCGGGUCCCGAUUGCGUGAACACCAUUAUAGUGGGUAUUUUUCUAUCGUAAUGCCAAUCGUGCCCAUCGCUAGUCUAAAGUGCUUAUACACUAAAAUAGGAAGGACAGGUGUUCCUUUUAGUUAUAUGUACUUAAAGACUCUUACUGUGGAAUCCUAAGUAUUGACUUCAGUGGACUUGGAAGGGUGUAACGCCGCUUAACAUGGUGCUGCCAGUAGGGAAGAGGAUGAUGUGAAAGGAUUUGUGGGGGAAGUUGAGUUUUCAGAAAAGAUUUGAAAGAAGAGAGAAAAGCAGCAUAAAGGAAGUGUUCUGGGCAGGAGUUCCAGACACAAAGCAAUGACAGACAGGCCAAAUUUGCUUAAGGGAGCAAGAGGCCUUGGGAUGGUCAACAGCAUUGAAGCUGCAGACUGAGCUAGAUGAAGAAUUGGGAGUGGAGAAAAAAGGGGAACAAAGUUAUGAAUAUUGUCGAAGGCUUUCACGGCCGGAGAACGAUGGUUGUUGUGGAUUUUCCGGUCUAUAUUGCCGUGGUCUUGGCAUUGUAGUUCCUGACGUUUUGCCAACAGCUGUGAAUGGCAUC